AUGGGCAAGAAAUCAUCCAAGUCCCAAUCUAAGGAGGAGAGCCAGCCAGCCGCCGGUGGCCUCCCAUUCAUCAGUGGUAGCGCAUCUUUGGACCCAACAUUGUCCUCGCUCUUCGCGUCAAGCUCUGGACCCGUCCAAGCACCGACUAUCAAGUACAAAAAGGAUGCGGCUGCACGCAAAUCCGCCAAAAAGACCGACGAGGUCGAGGAGGAGGAUGAUGAUGUGAUGGAAGAUGCCUCUGCCUCUGAAGAAAGCGACUCCGAGUCUGCGGAGGAGAAUGCAGAGGAAACACAAGGCCGCAAGCGCAAACGCGGUCCUGCGGAGGAAGUCGAAGAAACCUACAUGCGCCGCAUCGCCAAGGAGGAAGAAAAAGAUGCGGCAAAGCGCAAGGCCGAGUACGCCAAGCGUCAGAAGGCUGAUGACGAGUCCGACGACAAGAGUGACAACUCUGACGACGAGGAGGAGUCCGAGGACAAGGACAAGGACAGUGACGACGAGGAGAAGGCUGCCCCACCUCCAGUUCACGAGAGUGUAUCCGGAAACGCAAAGGCCAGCGAAGUUGAAAAGUCCAGCCGAACCGUCUUCCUAGGCAACGUUUCCACCGAAGCCAUCAAAUCCAAAUCGUCCAAGAAGACUCUCCUCCGACACCUGGCCUCCCACCUAUCCAGCCUCCCCGAGUCCAGCGGCCCUCACAAGGUCGAGUCAAUUCGAUUCCGCUCCGUCCCAUUCGCCAGCGGCGGUGGUCUCCCCAAGCGCGCAUCUUUCGCCAGACGGGAGAUCCUCGACGAUACCACGCCCAGCACCAACGCCUACGCCGUCUACACCACUAUCCAAGGCGCACGCAAAGCCCCCUCCGCCUUAAACGGAACCGUUGUCUUGGACCGCCACAUCCGCGUCGACAGCAUCGCCCACCCGGCAGAAAUCGACAACAAGCGCUGCGUCUUCGUGGGUAAUCUCGACUUCGUCGAUCAGGAGGGUAUCACUGAGGACCACAAUGGCAAGAAGAAGAAGGCUCGCGCAUCCGCUGAUAUCGAAGAGGGACUCUGGCGAAUCUUCAACCAAAACACAGGAGACACCAAGGACAAGAAAACAGUGAAGAAGAACGUUGAAUUCGUCCGUGUGAUUCGUGACCGCGCCACUCGCGUCGGUAAGGGCUUCGCCUACAAGAAUUACCCUCCCAUGCUACCACGCAAGUUGCGCGUUACCCGUGCGCGCAAGAUGGCUAAGAAGCAAGAGGAUGAUGGAGGCAAGAAUGGUCGUCGUGGCGAUCUCGCUCAGAAGACGCUUCAGGGUCGCGCCAGCAAGCUCCUUGGUCGUGCGGGUGCAGCUAAGAUGAAGGAGGCUGGUAAGGGUGGUAUUGCUGGUAACUCGAUGGUUUUCGAGGGUCACCGUGCUACUGAGGAUGGAUCUCGCAUGAAGGUUAAGACUAAGAGUCGUGGAUCGAAGGGUAAGCCCAAGGGUCGGAGCAGCAAGCGUGCUGCGGCCUAUCGUGCGGCCGGUGGUCAGAAGCCAUGA